AUGGAUCUCGAUCUUCCCACCGUUGCCGAACUCAAACAAGCCGCCGCGGCCGGGCAACGCAUCACCGCUGAAGACGUGUCGGCGAUCUCGCAGGUUGAGAACCAGUUGACAGGGCGCGGGCCGGUUCGUGGCGGACCAGCGGCGACGGCCCAAAGUAUCGCGAUGAAGCAGAGGAAUUUCGAUAGCAAGAUAGACGAGGUUUCCCGGAAGCCACCGAGCUACAUCACGCAGGAUGAUGCCCGGGGCAUCCUAUCAACAGAGGGCCGCGCCUUCAACAAACCGCCUGGCAUAGGAUCUGUCUCAGCGCAGGUGCGCUCCAUUGCCAAUCGCAACGAAUACUUCAAUUUGCCCCCGGUCGCGGCUGACAGCCCGCCCUUUAUCACCAAGGACGAUGCUCGCGCGGCGCAGCGAGCUGAAAGUUUGCUCUAUGGAGGGCAGAUCGCCAGUGAGGGAAUGGCCGCGCAGAUGCAGAGUGCCGCUGACAAGAUCGAGCAUAUCCGGAAGACCAGCCUGUAG